AAUCGUGUUAAUUGGAGUAAGACUUUAGUUCACAAUUACACACAGACCCAUAACAUUACAAACUAGUUCUGCAGGACAAUUUGUUGCUCUUGCUGCUACUGGAAUCAUUUACAACAAACCAUGGGCAUCUGAAAAGGCUGAAUACUUUGCCACAGUGCCAUCACCAUGGGCACUGCCUCUUCUUUAGUCACCCCAGGAGAGGUUAUUGAGGAUGGAUAUGGAGGUGAAGGAGGGGAAGCCUGUGAGAUCCCUGUGGAGGUGAAGCCUAAGGCCAGGCUUCUGCGCAGUUCCUUUCGCAGAGGACCUCGUGUGAUUAGUGCCAGUUUCAAAUCCACGGGUUCUGUGGAUUUAGAAUAUGCUGCAGAGUAUGAUCGACUUCGUAAAGAGUAUGAAAUAUUCCGGGUCAGCAAGAAUAAUGAGAUCUCCUCCAUGCAAAAGAAAGAAGCCAAGCUGGAUGAGGAGAACAAGAGGCUAAGGGCUGAGCUUCAGGCUCUGCAGAAGACUUACCAGAAAAUUCUUAGAGAAAAAGAAAAUGCCCUUGAAGCAAAGUAUCAAGCCAUGGAGAGGGCUGCCACUUUCGAACAUGACAGAGACAAAGUAAAGCGACAGUUUAAGAUUUUCCGAGAGACAAAAGAAAAGGAGAUUCAGGAUCUCCUGCGGGCCAAAAGGGACCUGGAGGCCAAACUGCAACAGUUACAAGCUCAGGGUAUACAAGUAUAUGACCUAAAUGAUUCUGACUCAGAUGACAAUCAAACCGUUGUUACUGCUGCAGGGACACAGUGUGAGUACUGGACUGGUGGUGUGCUGGGAAGCGAGCCCUCUAUGGGUAGCAUGAUGCAGUUGCAACAGACCUUCAGAGGGCCAGAGUUUGCCCACAGUUUGAUUGAUGUAGAGGGGCCGUUUGCAAAUGUGAGCAGAGAUGACUGGGAUGCUGCAGUGGCCAGUCUGCUUCAGGUCUCCCCUCAUGUGCCUCAGGCCCUAUGGAGUAACACAGUGCGUUGCUACCUGAUCUUUAACCAGGAGACUAAAGCUGAGCUCGAUAUUUUUUUUAAGAAACACUCUCCUCUGUUACGGAAAAUGUGUGAGGGGCUGGGCCAUUUCUACCUUAAUGUCUACUUUCCUGAGGACAGUGCUGCCUCAUGUGCUGUUGAGCGUAAGCAAGAGAUUGAAAGAAGCUCUGUGUGUGUGCUACUUCUCAAAACUUCUGUCACUAGUUCUGUAGUGGAGGAUUGUCAGGAGGCGUUUGUGAAGAAUUCAGAUAGCCAUCCACUGGUGCUUUACCUCAGGACCGAAGAAGAUCAACAUUUGUCUGGACCCACUAGACAUCUGCUAGAAAGAGUCAAUGCUGCAGAUAAGACAGCUAAAAUCAAGGUGGUGGAUCACAGUGGUUCUGCAGAGGAUGGAGCUGACUUAAUUUAUGCUCAGCUAGAGAGAAUCAUCAAGCAGGAGUUGCUGGGUCUUGAAGGAUCAGAUGUUGACUCUAAGGACUCAGCAAUAGAGGAGGGGCGUGAAGAAGACUCUGGGGAUGUGCUUUGGGACCUGCAUGAUGAGCAAGAACAGAUUGAAUCCUACCAGCAGGCGUGUGACAGCACCACUUCUCAUUUAGGCUUCCAGAAGUACAUAGAUCGUUUGAAUGACAUGAUAGCUGCUCCUCCGCCCACUCCACCUCUACUGGUGUCUGGUGGUCCAGGUUCAGGAAAGUCUCUAUUGCUCUCCAAAUGGAUUGAGCUGCAGCAGAAGCAAUCUCCCAACACCUUGUUCCUAUAUCAUUUUGUUGGUCAACCACUUUCCACAAGCUCUGAGCCAGUUCUCAUCAUCAAACGUCUCACAGUCAAACUGCUGCAGCACUUUUGGUCCAUUUCUGGCUUGUCUAUGGAACCAAGUAAGAUAUUGGAGGAGUUUCCCCGCUGGCUUGAAAGGCUUUCGGCAUGCCAUCAAGGAAACAUCAUUAUCAUCAUCGACUCGAUUGACCAAAUACAGCAAGCAGAGCGACACAUGAAGUGGCUGAUUGACCCCCUUCCUGUCAAUGUUAGAGUGGUGGUGUCUGUUAAUGUUGAGACAUGUCCUCAGGCUUGGAGGCUGUGGCCAACACUCCACUUGGACCCAUUAAGUCCCAGAGAAGUCAGGAGUGUUGUUAUUGCAGAAUGCCGGAAUAUGGAUUUUAAACUUAAUAAAGAUCAGGAGAAGAAGCUCGAAAGGCUUUGUCGCUCUGCAUCAACCUGCAAUGCACUGUAUGUCACACUUCUAGUGAGGAUGAUCACCAGUAGAUCAUGUUGGUCACUGGAGAAGAACAUGGAGCAGUGUCUGCAGUGUCAGGACAUCAUGUCACUCUACCGCCUGGCUCUGAAAAUGAUACUAAACUCCCUCAACACAGACAGAGAGCAACACAUAAUGAGAGAGAUACUGUGCCUUGUAUGCGCCAGCCAUAAUGGCGUGAGUGAAUCAGAGGCACUGGAUCUAUUCCCAGAGCUAGAGUUGCCCAUGCUGUCUUCUAUGCUGUACCGUCUAAACAGACUCUGCAUUGUAACCCUUCGUUGUGGACUUAUCAGGUUUCAGCACUUGCAGGCUUGGGAAGCUGUGAGGCUGGAGUUUCUGUCUGGUGGACGCAGCUCUGCUACUUACAGAGAAAAACUCAUCCAUUAUUUUAACCAGCAACUCAGCCAAGACUAUGUAACAUGGCGGGUUGCAGAUGAGCUGCCUUGGCUGCUCCAGCAGCAGGAGGAUAGGACUAAACUUCAGUGCAGCCUCUUGAACCUUUUUGUCUCCCAAAACCUUUACAAGAGGGGACAUUUCUCAGAACUGCUGGCUUAUUGGCAAUAUGUGGGCAAAGACAAAAGCUCAAUGGCUGCCGAGUACUUCGACUCCCUAAAACACUAUGAAAAGAGCUGUGAGAGUGAAGACAGCAUGACCAAGCUGGCAAACCUGUAUGAGACCUUGGGGCGUUUCCUCAAAGACCUGGGCCUUCCAAGUCAGGCUGUAGCCCCUUUACAAAGGUCUCUUGAGAUCAGGGAGACAGCCUUGGACCCGGACCAUCCCAGUGUAGCUCGCUCCCUGCACCAGCUGGCUGGAGUUUAUGUUCAGUGGAAAAAGUAUGGCAAUGCAGAGCAGCUGUACAAGCAGGCCUUGGAAAUAAGUGAGAACGCCUACGGUGCGGAGCACGCCAGUGUGGCACGAGAGCUGGAGUCACUCGCCAUUCUGUAUCAGAAACAGAACAAAUAUGAACAAGCUGAGAAACUCAGGAAGAGGUCUGUGAAGAUACGUCAGAAGACUGCUCGCCAGAAAGGCCAUAUGUAUGGUUUCACUUUGUUGAGACGCAGGGCCCUACAGCUGGAGGAGCUGACUCUGGGGAAAGACUCAGCUGACUGUGCCAAGACACUUAAUGAAUUAGGUGUUCUGUACUACCUCCAAAACAACCUGGAUGCAGCUAAGGUGUUUCUGACCCGCUCUCUUGAGAUGCGUCAGCGUGUUCUCGGCCCCGAUCAUCCAGACUGUGCUCAGUCCCUCAACAACCUGGCUGCAUUGCACACAGAGAGGAGGGAAUACGAGACAGCGGAGGACAUGUAUGAAAGGGCUCUGGAUAUCCGCAAGAAGGCCCUGUCCCCAGACCACCCCUCGCUGGCCUACACACUCAAACACCUGGCCAUGCUCUACAAACGCAGGGGGAAGCUUGACAAAGCUGUGCCACUCUAUGAGCUGUCUCUGGAAAUCAGGGAAAAAAGUUUUGGACCUAAGCACCCAAGUGUGGCCACAGCCCUGGUCAAUCUGGCAGUGAUAUAUUGCCAACUGAAAAAGCACAGUGAUGCCCUGCCUCUAUAUGAACGAGCACUGAAAGUGUAUGAGGACAGUUUAGGGCGCUCGCAUCCACGUGUUGGGGAGACCCUGAAAAACCUGGCUGUGCUAAGCUAUGAAGAAGGUGACUUCGAGAAGGCAGCAGAGCUUUACAAGCGUGCAAUGGAGAUUAAAGAGGCAGAGCCAUCGUUGGUGUGUGGACACGCUCCAUCCCGCCACUCCUCCAGCGGGGACACAUUUAGUCUGAGGACACCUGCUGUACUCCCAAAUACUCUGAGUUCUGGUCAGUCAAACCCAACCUUCCUGAUUCAGACGCCGUCCAGGAGCUAUGUCCUCAGGAAGAAGCCCCCGGGCGAGCUGCUGCCUGGAGCCCACCAGGUGGGGAGGGAGUACCGCGUGCAGAAGGCCCUGUUCUCUGCGGGUUUCCCUGUGCCUCAGCCUCUCCUGCACAGCACUGAUGUAGAAGUGAUUGGAACAGAGUUCUACUUGAUGGAGCAUGUAAAAGGACGCAUUUUUAGGGAUCUUCGUCUUCCUGGCGUGAGUCCAACAGAGAGGACCGCUCUGUAUGUGGCUGCUGUGGAAGCACUGGCAAAGCUACACUCACUGGAUUUGGCUUCUCUCAAACUUGAAGACUAUGGGAAAGGAGCAGGUUACUGCAGGAGACAGGUUUCCACCUGGACAAAGCAGUACCUGGCAGCAGCCCACAGAGACAUUCCAGCGAUGAAUGAACUCUCUAAUUGGUUGAUGGAGAACUUGCCAGGCAGUGAUAAUGAAGUCACGCUGGUUCAUGGAGAUUUCCGACUGGACAACUUGAUAUUCCAUCCGACAGAGGCACGUGUGAUAGCAGUGUUGGACUGGGAGCUGUCGACCACUGGGCAGCCCCUGGCAGACCUGGCCUACUUCCUCAUGCCUCACUAUUGGCCCAGAGGCCUCAGCAUCAUCAGCUCAAUGGGCAGCUUGAAAGGCAUAGAAGGUGUCCCAGCUGUGGGUGAUCUGAUGUCCAUCUACUGCAGGUGCCGAGGGAUCCCAGCUGAACUGCCAGAGCUGAAGUUCUACGUGGCCCUGGCUGUCUUUAAAAUGGCAGGAAUUGCCCAGGGAAUCUACGCUCGGCACCUUCUGGGUAACGCCAGUGCUCCUCAAGCUGCUCAUUUUGGCCAGUGUGUGGAGCCAUUGGCUAAGAUUGCGUUGCAGCUUGUGCAAAGUUCGUUCACAGGUCCAAUAGAACAUGGGCUGUUCCUCCAAACAGCUAAAGGUCAGGCUGUUCUGCAAGAGGUCAAAGACUUUAUGAGACAAUAUGUGCUUCCUGUUCAGGAGGAAGUUGAGGAGUACUACUCCAAACAUGCUCAGUCUCCACAAAGAUGGCACCCUCCCCAAAUAAUAGAGGAUCUAAAGGUGAAAGCCAGGGAGGCCGGACUGUGGAACCUAUUCCUGCCUGCGGUCUCUGGACUCAGUCAGCUGGACUAUGCCUAUAUUGCAGAGGAAACUGGGCGCUGCAUCUUUGCCCCUGAUGUCUUUAACUGCCAGGCUCCCGACACGGGAAAUAUGGAGGUGCUGCACAUGUUUGGCAGUGAGGAACAGAAGAAAAAAUGGCUGGAGCCACUGCUCAAAGGAGAAAUCCGCUCCUGCUUCUGUAUGACAGAGCCUGAUGUAGCCUCCAGUGAUGCGACCAACAUAAAGUGCACUCUUCAGAAGGAGGGAGACAACUUCAUCAUAAACGGCAAGAAGUGGUGGAGCAGCGGUGCUGGCUUUUCCCAGUGCAAAGUAGCCAUUGUGAUGUGCAGGAGCAGUUCCCUGGAGGUUGGCAACAGACACGGCCAACACAGCAUGAUCCUCGUGCCUAUGGACACACCAGGCGUGAAGCUCAUCAGGCCGCUGACUGUGUUUGGACAGGAUGAUGCCAUCCACGGCGGCCACUUUGAAGUGCACUUUGAAAAUGUGCUCGUUCCCGCAUCCAACAUAAUUCUGGGAGAAGGCAGGGGCUUUGAGAUCGCCCAGGGUCGUCUGGGCCCAGGAAGGCUGCACCACUGCAUGAGGGCCGUCGGCCUGGCGGAGCUGGCGCUGGAGCUGCUCUGCCAGCGAGCUGCUACCAGACACACGUUUGGAAAGAAACUCUACCAACAUGAGGCUGUUGCUCACUGGAUAGCAGAGUGUCGUCUCAUGAUCGAGCAGGCCCGUCUGUUGACGCUACAUGCUGCUCACACAUUGGAUACAGUGGGUGUUCGGGCUGCUCGCAAACAAAUUUCCAUGAUCAAGGUGGCAGCAGCCAGGAUGGCCUGUAAGGUGGUGGACUGCGCUAUACAGGUGUUUGGAGCUGCAGGUGUAUCUCAGGACUUCCCUCUUGCACGCAUGUAUGUACACAUCCGGACUCUGCGCUUUGCUGAUGGGCCUGAUGAGGUGCACCUCUCUUCUAUUGCUCAGCAGGAACUGAGGGACCAGCUAAAGAAAGCAAGACUGUAAAUUAGUAAUAAUCUAAAUUACAGGUAGUAGUUAAACUACAUUGUACAACCACACCGGCCUUGUUUUAAAUGUCAAAUACCUGAUUGUCAACAAAUACUUGAUUAAAAAUGACAUGUUUAUUAGGAUUUUUUUUUUAAUGUGAACUACAAAAACAGAAAUUGACAGCAUGAAUAAGACUAUUGUCGUCACACUCUGUAUGGUGUGGUCUACCAAGUGGAUGAACUCCAUCUGAAAGUGGUGGGGAAUCCAGACACACAAGCACAUUAUUUUUUUUGUACAAUAUAAAACAGCAAUGGCCCCAUCCAUCAGAUACACCUAUCAGCAACCCAUGCAACACCCUUCAAUCUUCAGUGUCUAUACAUUAACAUUUGAUUAGAGCUCUUCAGCUGCCAAAUCAGUCAGUCUAUCAUUUUAUAGAACAUGGUGCAGAAGGAGGGCAGGAGAAACGGCCGGUAUAGAAAAAACGUGUCAGUGUUUGCUCUUCUUUGAUUUUUUGUGAGACCGGUGUGGAGACCUUGAUUUGGAGCGGGACUUCUUUGCUGAUUUCUUGGGUGUCCGGGAGCGUGACCUCCUGGAUCGUUUGGGUGUGCGUGGUGAAGAGGGAGACCUAGUGGGACAAGAAAGAAUUACAGCUGUUAGACUCAUGAUUCAACCCAACUGGUCCAUCUAAUAAUGAUAAUGGUGAUGAUAAAACAAGAUGAUCUGACCUCUUAGAGGACUUUUUGUUGCUGGAUCGAGGGGAAUCUUUGUGAGAGGAGCGUGAAGAUGUGUCUUUUGAGUAUGAUCGAUCAGAACGUUCUGAUCGCUCUGAACGGGGUGAGGAUGAUCGGCCUCGUCUGCUGCUACUCCGUGUUGGGCUGGGGGAGCCACUGUGACGCCGUUUCCUAUUACCAGGAACAAAACAAUGAUAUAAAAGCCACACAAAAACACUCCGUCCACAUCUUUCCUAACUGCACCUGUCAAAUAGUUCUCACCUCUCUUUUCUGGUUGGUGUGUCAUCUUUCUCUUUUUCCUUCUUUAACUCUUUUAUCCGUGCCUCAGUCUUUUCCUUCUCUUUCUCCCGUUCAAGUUUCUCCUUUUCUUUUUCCUACAAUUAGAUAUCAAUGUCAUUAUAAUAAAUUACAACAGUUUUGUAUAUGCAUUCAUAUUAUGGUACUUUGUGUUAUACAGUAAUGUCAAAGCUGUAUGCGUUACCUUUUGUAGUAGUUUGUCCCUGUAGUGCUCCACCUGCUCUUGGAUACUCUGGCCAGGCUUUUUGGGCCUUUUACCAGACUCCAGCUCAUCCUGGAACUUCAUGACCUUAACCUGUGUAAACAAUGAUAAGGAAAAUGGUCAGAAUAAAUAAAAACAGGUCACAUUCUA